CUUCAGAAAGUGAGUGACCUGACUAAAUGAAGCUUUAGUGCAACCGGGAUUUAACGGAAUUGAUACGAUGCACCUUAGCUGGAGAAACUAUUCCGCCAUUUUUGGGCCUUUCCCAACAGCAGUCCUCCUUGCUUGUUGCAUUAUAUGCUCAAGUGGAUCCUGAAUUUGCACCACAGGUGCCAACAAUGCUCCCUAUCGCUGCUCAACAGUUGGCAUCGGAAUAUGAGAAAAAGAAUAGCGUUGCAAAGAAAUUGGAAAGAGCCAAUAUGACUUGGUCCGAUGAAUACGAACUUUUGACGAAUAUUCAGCAACAAGCAGUCGAGCGCUUAUCAGAGGCAAACAUGGAUGUUACAAAAGCAACAGCCGACCUCAGCCUUGGAGACGACGCUAAAGUUACAGACCUUCUUCUUGCAAGCUUCCUUUAUGGUGGUGUUCGAGAAGAGAUCACCGGAGAGAACGAUCGAGCAAAGAUGAGCCCAGUUGCUAGUCCAAAUUUCAAGGGUGCAAAGGCAUUGUUGGAGAGAGUUUUUGCCAAAAAAUUCUCCAUGGCUGGUGUGCAGAUUGGUUCCCUUUAUGUUCAAGAAGACAAAUUGGCUGGUGGAGCCAACUGUACCGAUGGUACUGAUCCAAAGAAAGAAGCAUACGACUGGUAUCUCAAAGCUGCCAAGCUCGGUAACCCGAUGGCCCAGCACAAGGUUGCAUUUUAUCUUGAACGCGGCUAUGGAUGCCAAAAGGAUGCUAAGGCUGCCAUCGAAUGGUAUGAGAAGGCAUGUGCAGAAGGUUACCCUGACUCCGCACAUAACCUCGCUAUUCUCUACCAGGCAGUAGAACCUGUCGUUGGUGUUACAAAGGAUUUGAAGAAAGCUGUCGAGUACUUUGAGAAGGCAAAACAAUGGGGCUUUGCCCCUGCAUCUAAUGCAUUGGGUAGAAUGUAUUUGCUUAUGUCCAAGGAUAUGAACAUUGCAAAGGAGGCCGGCAUCGAAGGAGACGACGAAAAGGAAUUCAUAGUUACUGGUAUUUCUUUGUUGGAGGAAUCCGCAAACGGGAGCGAUGCCGAUGCCAUGACUUUGUUGGGAAUGAUUUUUGGAUCAAAGGAAUAUGGUCUCUACGACCUCGACAAGUCACAAUCAUUCUUUGAACUUGCCUUAGUUCGUGGUGACUUGGAGGCGUAUCCCUACCUCGUUCGAAUUCUUCGAGCAAAGAUGGCUGCCAAGGCUGCUUUGGAGAAACAAAACAUGGAGAACUUUGAAAAAAUGGACGCUGCCAGUCAACAAAAGCUCAUCCAACAACUCGCAAAGGACGCCUCCGCUGAGAGCAUUACUUUGGUCAACUGCUCUAACCCUGAAUGCGACAAGAAGGAGUCCAGCAAAGGUGAAUUUUCCAAGUGCAGCGCAUGCAAAAAGGCGGCUUACUGCUCCCGUGCUUGUCAAAAGGAGCACUGGAAGAAUGGUCACAAAGCUGUGUGUUCACUGAACAAGCCGACAACUGCGUAAUUGUCGUCCUCCCCUUUUUAUAUACAUAGAAUUUUGCCAUCAAAUGGCCGUUCAAAAAGCUAAAUUUAAAACACAAACCUGCAAAUGAUACAGUAGUCAUGAAUAAAAAGAUACUCGGUACCAUAGAAAGAUGGUUUGCCAUCCAUAUGGCCAAAACAAGACAGAAA